CCGCAGGUUGAUGACGCAGGGCGAAGUCCUUCACCACGUGUGUGUCGGUUUGCCGGCUUUCGGGGGUUCUCCUGGCCGUCGUGGGUUCUCGGCGGUCACCCCGUGGCCCCGUGGCCGCGGCCGGAGACUAUGGAGCACCUCUCUGUGGAGCUGGUAGCCGGGCCGCUGCGGCUAAUCGCCGCCAAGAACGAGAAGAGCAGCGGCGAGCUGAACAGGUUCCUGGCCAAGUCGGUGUGGACACCUCAAGAUCGCCAGUGUAUCCUGGAUUCCUUGGCACAGUUGCUCCUAGAUAAAGACUAUACCCUUUUGCUUGGUCGCCAGUUGCGCCCUAUCCUUUUGGAUUUGCUAGAAAGAAAUGCUAAAGCCAUUAAAACUGGAGGCCAAGUCAACCACGAUCUGCAUGAACGGCUCAGUGUGUCAAUGAGCAAACUCAUUGGUAGCCAUCCUGACGUUCUUCCGUUUGCCCUGCGCUAUUUCAAGGACACCUAUCCAGUGUUUCAGAGACUCUUCCUUGAGAGUUCUGAUGCAAACCCAGUGCGCUAUGGACGUAGGCGGAUGAAGCUCCGGGACCUAAUGGAAGCAGCCAAUAUAUUUCUGCAGCACAGGCAGACUGUUUUUCGGGAGCUCUGGGACUGGAGUGUGUGUGUUCCUCUUCUCAGGAGCCAUGAUGCUUUGGUGCGCUGGCAUACAGCUAACUGUCUUGCUUUGGUGACCUGUAUGAAUGAAGAACACAAGUUAUCCUUUCUAAGGAAGAUUUUCAGUAGUGAUGAAUUGGUGCAUUUCAGGUUGAGGUUGUUAGAAGAGGCUCAGCUACAGGAUCUGGAGAAGGCCUUGGUCUUAGCCAACCCAGAAGUCUCCCUUUGGCAUAAGGGAAAGGAACCUCAGUAUAUUCAGGGACACCUAGUUUCAACUGACCUCUCUUCCAGUGUGGUAGCUGUCUGUGGUGUGGUGCUCCCUAAGCUAUCCUCCAGUCCUGGAGAGCAGGCAAGUGACAGGAGUUCUUCCUGGGAACAGGAGCUGACUCUUAAGUCCUUUGUGUUGGUUGAGUCUGUGUGUAAAAAUCUUCAGCUGCUAGCUGUUGCAGUGGCUUCUCAGAAUGCUGUGUUAUUGGAAGGACCAAUUGGAAGUGGCAAAACCUCCUUAGUUGAACAUUUAGCUGCAGUGACUGGUAGAACAAAACCUCCUCAGCUUCUCAAAGUCCAGCUUGGAGAUCAGACAGACAGCAAGAUGCUACUAGGCAUGUAUCGUUGUACAGAUGUCCCUGGAGAGUUUGUAUGGCAACCUGGCACCCUGACGCAGGCAGCUACAAAAGGUCACUGGAUCCUUCUGGAGGAUAUUGACUAUGCUCCUUUGGAUGUGGUUUCUGUGUUGAUCCCUCUACUGGAACACGGAGAGCUUCUGAUCCCUGGCCAAGCUGACUGUUUAAAAGUAGCUCCUACAUUUCAGUUGUUUGCAACCAGGAGGCUCUUGAGCUGUGGGGGAAAUUGGUACCGACCAAUGAAUAGUCAUGCUGCUAUGCUAGACAAAUACUGGACCAAAAUUCACCUGCAUAAUCUGGACAAGAAAGACCUGAAUGAGGUUCUUCAGAGCAAAUACCCAAGCCUUUUAGCUGCAACUGAGCACUUACUUGACAUUUAUAUCGAACUUACUGGAGAAAAACAUUGCUGUCCAAGUGUUGGCUAUGACAAGGCACCACAGGAAGUUUCAGAAGCUGAGAGAGAAAACAGAAGAGUGGUCCUUGAGGGAAGAGAGUUAUCUUUAAGGGAUCUGCUGAAUUGGUGUAAUAGAGUUGCUCAUGGCUUUGACCCUACAUCUUCAACAGCGUUGUUGAAUGUUUUUCAGGAGGCUAUGGACUGUUUCACUGCCAUGCUUUCUGAGCAGACAAAAAAACUGAAAAUGGCCGAGGUUAUUGGAAGCAAACUGAACAUUUCUAAGAAAAAGGCUGAAUUUUUCUGUAAACUUUAUAAACCAGAAAUUGUCAUUAAUGAGCUAGACGUACAAGUUGGUCGAGUGCGGCUUUUGCGGAAACAAAGUGAAGUUGUUCGCAUUCAGAAAGAGAAGUGCACUUUUGCUGCUACCCGCCCGUCCUCGGUUCUCCUUGAGCAGCUUGCAGUAUGCGUCAGUCAAGGGGAGCCUGUAUUGUUAGUGGGAGAGACAGGAACUGGUAAAACCUCCGCUGUCCAGCACUUGGCUUAUGCUACAGGCCAGCAUUUGAGAGUUGUCAAUAUGAAUCAACAAAGUGACACUGCAGACUUGCUUGGAGGGUUCAAGCCAGUGGACCAUAAGCUUAUUUGGUUGCCCUUACGAGAGACAUUUGAGGAACUAUUUGUCCAGACAUUUUCCAAAAAGCAAAACUUUACCUUUUUGGGACACAUUCAGACUUGCUACAGGCAGAAACGAUGGCAUGAUCUCCUCAAACUAAUGCAACAUGUACAGAAGUCAGCUAGUAACAAAGAAGGGAAGCAGAGCCAGCCGGGGCUCCUUCUAAAGGAGAAAUGGGAAGCAUUUGGCCUUAGACUCAACCAUGCCCAGCAACAAAUGAAAAUGACGGAAAAUGCCCUUUUGUUUGCAUUUGUGGAGGGUACCUUAGCUCAGGCUAUAAAGAAAGGUGAAUGGAUCUUACUGGAUGAGAUUAACCUGGCUGCUCCUGAAACCCUGGAAUGUCUGAGUGGCUUACUUGAAGGAUCUUCUGGCUCUCUGGUUUUGCUUGAUCGAGGAGACACAGAGCCACUGGUUCGGCACCCUGAUUUUCGUUUAUUUGCAUGUAUGAAUCCAGCUACUGAUGUGGGCAAAAGAAAUCUCCCACCUGGAAUAAGGAACAGGUUCACGGAACUUUAUGUGGAAGAACUAGAAAGUAAAGAAGACUUACAAAUACUUAUUGUAGAUUAUCUGAAAGGACUGAAUGUGAGCAAGAGCACUGUGCAAGGCAUUGUAAACUUCUACACUGCUUUGCGGAAAGAGUCAGGAACCAAAUUGGUCGAUGGAACUGGCCACAGGCCUCACUACAGCCUUCGCACCCUCUGCAGAGCUUUACGAUUUGCAGCUUCCAACCCAUGUGGCAGCAUCCAGCGCUCACUCUAUGAGGGCUUUUGUUUGGGUUUCCUAACACAGCUUGACCGUGCAUCACACCCAGUGGUUCAGAAGCUCAUCUGUCAACAUGUUAUUUCUGGCAAUGUCAAAAGUCUACUGAAACAGCCUAUUCCAGAACCGAAAGGAGGCCGCCUUAUUCAGGUUGAAGGCUACUGGAUUUCAGUUGGAGACAAGGAGCCUAAAAUAGAUGAAACAUAUGUCUUGACACCUUCUGUUAAGCUGAACCUGAGGGACAUUGCCCGAGUAGUCUCUGCAGGAACCUAUCCAGUGCUGAUCCAGGGAGAAACAUCAGUUGGUAAAACAAGUCUGAUAAGGUGGCUGGCUGCUGCUACUGGCAACCACUGUGUGCGAAUCAACAACCACGAGCACACAGAUAUUCAGGAAUACAUUGGCUGUUACACGUCUGACACCUCAGGGAAGCUUGUCUUUAAUGAAGGUGUUCUUAUUGAUGCCAUGAGAAAGGGCUACUGGAUUGUCUUAGAUGAAUUAAAUUUGGCACCUACUGAUGUGUUAGAGGCCCUCAACAGACUGCUGGAUGAUAACCGUGAACUGCUCAUAACAGAAACACAGGAAGUUGUUAGGGCGCACCCUCGCUUCAUGCUUUUUGCCACCCAAAAUCCCCCAGGACUUUAUGGAGGCAGAAAGGUGCUGUCUAGAGCCUUCAGAAACCGAUUUGUGGAAUUACACUUUGAUGAGUUGCCCAGUUCUGAGUUGGAAACAAUUUUGCACAAGCGAUGUAGUUUACCUCCUUCCUAUUGCAGUAAAUUGGUUAAAGUCAUGUUGGACCUUCAGUCCUACCGGAGACGGUCCUCGGUGUUUGCUGGAAAGCAGGGGUUUAUUGCCCUUAGAGAUCUGUUCCGAUGGGCUGAAAGAUACAGAUUGGCUGAGCAGACUGAGAAGGACUAUGAUUGGCUACAACAUUUAGCCAAUGAUGGCUUCAUGCUUCUGGCAGGCAGAGUCAGGAAGCAGGAGGAAGCUGAUGUGAUUCAAGAAGUCCUUGAAAAACAUUUCAAGAAGAAAUUGUGUCCUCAGUCUCUUUUUUCCAAAGAAAAUGUUCUAAAGUUACUGGGUAAAUCAUCUACACAGCAAAGUGUGUUGGAGUCUAAGUUCAGCCAUAUAGUGUGGACUGAAAGCAUGCGGAGACUGGCAGCGCUGGUGGGCAGAGCGCUGGAAUUUGGUGAACCUGUGCUGCUGGUUGGAGACACUGGGUGUGGAAAAACUACUGUCUGCCAAAUGUUUUCAGCUUUGGCAAAUCAGAAACUAUACUCAGUCAACUGCCAUUUAAACAUGGAGACAUCAGACUUCCUGGGCGGCUUAAGACCAGUGAGACAAAAGCCAAAUGACAAGGAAGAACAGGACACAAGACUCUUCGAGUGGCAAGAUGGACCACUGGUUCUGGCCAUGAAGGAGGACAGCUUUUUCCUCUUAGAUGAGAUCUCCUUGGCUGAUGACUCUGUCCUAGAAAGACUGAACAGUGUCCUUGAAGUGGAAAAGUCUCUGGUAUUGGCUGAGAAGGGCAGCCCAGAAAGGGAGGACAAUGAAGUAGAGCUCCUGACGGCUGGGAAACAGUUCCAAGUCUUAGCAACCAUGAACCCUGGGGGUGACUUUGGUAAAAAAGAGCUAUCUCCUGCCUUACGAAACCGAUUUACAGAAAUAUGGUGCCCUCAGAGCACAAAGUCUGAGGACUUAAUUCAGAUAAUAAAUCAUAAUCUUCAUCCAGGAUUGUCACUAGCCAGAGAGGGUCAUAAAGGAGCUGACGACGUAGCUGAGGUGAUGCUGGAUUUCAUUACCUGGCUGACCCACCAGGAGUUUGGACGAAAGUGUGUUGUCAGUAUCAGAGAUAUUCUGUCAUGGGUUAACUUCAUGAACUCAAUGGCACAGGACACUGCUGUGAAAAGGCCAGAGGCCAUCUCUACUGUGAUGUCUUUUGUCCAUGCCGCAUGCCUUGUGUACAUAGAUGGAAUAGGUUCAGGGGUAACUUCCUCUGGAUUUGGUACAGCCCUCUUGGCUCGAGAAGAAUGUCUGAAAUUCCUGAUAAAGAAACUUUCCAAGGUAGUCCGACUAACAGAACGGCAGAAAGAUGAGUUGAAGAUUUAUGAUAGACUCAAACACAAAGAAUUCACUAGCAUAGAUGACUUUUGGGGAGUUCAUCCAUUCUUUAUACCAAGAGGACCUGUCCUGGAUGGGCACAGUGUUGCUGACUAUGCACUCACUGCAGGCACCACAGCUAUGAAUGCCCAGAGGCUCUUAAGAGCUGCUAAGCUGAACAAACCCAUUCUCCUGGAGGGUUCACCUGGGGUUGGCAAAACAAGUUUGGUGGCAGCCUUAGCAAAGGCUUCAGGAAAUACCCUGGUUCGAAUCAAUUUGUCAGAGCAAACGGACAUCACUGAUCUGUUUGGAGCGGAUCUACCUGUUGAAGGUGGCAGAGGUGGAGAGUUUGCGUGGUGUGAUGGCCCCUUGCUGGCAGCUUUGAAAGCCGGCCACUGGGUUGUGUUGGAUGAGCUUAACCUGGCUUCUCAGUCCAUCCUUGAAGGACUCAAUGCUUGUUUUGAUCAUCGAGGAGAAAUCUAUGUACCAGAGCUAGGCAUGAGCUUUCAAGUUCAGCAUGAGAAGACCAGGAUAUUUGGUUGUCAAAAUCCCUUUAGACAAGGAGGUGGGAGGAAGGGCUUGCCUAAGUCUUUCCUUAACAGAUUCACUCAGGUCUUUGUGGAUCCCCUUACAGUAGUUGACAUGGAGUUCAUUGCCAGUACCUUGUUCCCAGCCAUUGACAGAGAUAUUGUUAAGAAAAUGGUAGCUUUCAAUAACCAUAUUGAUCAUGAAGUGACUGUUGAGAAGAAAUGGGGACAAAAAGGAGGGCCCUGGGAAUUCAACCUCCGAGACCUUUUCCGCUGGUGUCAGUUGAUGCUGGUUGACCAAUCUCCUGGCUGCUAUGAUCCUGGUCAGCAUGUGUUUCUAGUUUAUGGUGAACGAAUGAGAACCAGGGAGGACAAAGAGAAAGUUGUCACUGUAUUUAAGGAUGUGUUUGCUUCCAAUUCCAUGCCAUAUAUAGGAACUAGACAAUUUCAUAUCACUCCCUAUGAUAUUCAGAUUGGCUACUCAGUCCUUUCUCGCAGCAGCUAUGUUCCUCACUCAUCCCGCCAUCCCCUGUCACUCCUGCACCAAUCAUUCCAGUCUCUGGAACCCAUCAUGAAGUGUGUGCAGAUGAAUUGGAUGGUCAUCCUUGUGGGGCCAGCCUCUGUGGGCAAGACCAGCCUGGUCCAGCUUCUGGCACACCUUACUGGCCACACCUUAAAGAUCAUGGCUAUGAAUAGUGCAAUGGAUACUACUGAGCUUCUAGGCGGAUUUGAGCAGGUUGAUAUUAUCCGACCUUGGAGGCUACUACUUGAGAAGGUAGAGCGCACUGUCAGGGUCCUGCUAAGGGAUAGUCUUCUGAUCAAUGCUGAUGACACAGAAGUAGUGUUGCGAGCCUGGAGCCAUUUCCUUCUGACAUACAAACCUAAAUGUCUUGGUGAGGAUGGCAGAGGUGUCACUACAGAGAUUGUCAACAAACUGGAAGCAGUGUUGCUGCUUAUGCAGCGACUCAAUAAUAAAAUCAACUCAUACUCCAAAGCCGAUUUUGCCAAACUUGUUGAAGAUUUCCGGACUUUCGGGGUAAAGCUUCUGCAGUCAGCCCGUGGCCGGAGCCAGGGAAGCUUUGAGUGGGUUGACAGCAUGUUAGUUCAGGCCCUAAAGUCUGGGCAUUGGCUUCUGAUGGACAAUGUCAAUUUCUGCAAUCCAUCAGUGCUGGAUCGUCUGAAUGCCUUACUGGAACCUGGAGGUGUCCUCACAAUUAAUGAGAGAGGAAUGGUAGAUGGGUCCACUUGCACAGUGACACCACAUCCCAAUUUCAGGCUUUUUCUCUCCAUGGAUCCCAUUCAUGGAGAAAUUUCCCGAGCUAUGAGGAACCGUGGACUUGAAAUCUACAUUUCAGGAGAAGAGGAUGGGAGCAUCCAAGAUAACCUGGAUUUAAAAGUUCUGCUGCACAGCCUCGGAUUGGUGGGGGACAGUGUGUGUAACAUCCUCUUGGCUCUGCACACAGGGGUCCAGAGCCUUGUGAGAGGUUCUCCAGCAUCAUCUGUCUCCACUCUCAGUCACACAGCCACACUCAUCGUUCAGUACCUGCAGAGAGGUCUGAGCUUACACAAAGCCUUUUUUGAAGCAUGCUGGGAAGUGUAUGUCUGCUCUCAGCAUUCAGCAGCAAACCAGAAGCUUGUGCAGACUUUGCUGGAAAGUCAUACUGCAUCUUUGCAAGCUAGGGAAACUUGGGGACACUCCAUUCUUGCCCCAGGGCUGUGGCCAGAUUCUGUGCCUUCAGCUCUCUUUGCAACAGAAGACUCUCGACUCUCGGUUGUCCGGAGUGAAGGGCAGAUCCUGGCAUACUGCCUCAACAGGAUGAGCCUGAAAACUAGCAGCUGGACCAGGAGUCAGCCUCUUACUUUACAAGACUUAGAGAAUAUUAUGCAGACUUGUAACCCCGAGGACCUGACAUUCAAUGCGGUGGAAGUGGAUACUUGCUGGGUCGAUGAGCCACAGGUUUUAGCCAUGGCUGUUAAAUUGCUCAUAGAAAGAGCAACCAAUCAGGAUUGGAUGCUCAGAGUUAAGUGGCUCUGUCAUUUAGCCAAGAACAUACCACAGGGGCUUGAGUCGGUGCGGAUUCAUCUGGAAGCCAGUGCCACUGCUCUUAGGAAGUUUUACUCAACUUCUCUCUCAGCUGGAGCCAGUAAUGUCUUGAAACUACUACAGAGAAAUAUAACAGAUGACUUUGUGAUCCCCUUGGACCCACGGUGGAAUAUGCAAGCUUUGGACAUCAUUAGAAAUUCACUAGACUUUGAUCCCCAGGCAGACCAGGCUGAACAGCUCUUUGCUCUCUUAGAAUCAGUUGCAAACAAGACAUUUAUUUAUCUUGACCGGGAAAAGAGGAUUUUCACUGAAGCAAAUUUGCUAUCUGUUGGUAGUAAAAAGUUAAGAAGCAGUGUUUUGAGGAUGUCUUUUGAAUUUCAGAAAGAUCCAGAGAACUAUCAUAACCUGCCCCAUGAAAUUGUGGCCCAUCUUGCUGCUUUUUUUGAGUUGAUUGAUGGCCUAAUCCUGCUCUGGGUACAGUCUCCCCAAGGGGUGGUUCCAGAUGCUCACAUCAAUAAGAUCUUAGGUUCUGUGCAGUGGCGCGACCGGUUUUGGACUGUGGCUGAUACAGUGACAGUAGAUGCUUCAGGUCUGGCUUUACUUGCCCUCCACUGGCACUGGGUUUCGAAACAUUUGAUCCAUCAGAUCCCCCAACUCCUGGUGAAUCAGGAAAACAAAUACUAUAAAGAGGUGCAGACAGUCUCCGAGCACAUCCACAGUUGUCUGGGCAGCCCUGCUGAGAGCUUUGCUGGUGUAAAGAAGCUGCAGGCAUUCCUCAGACGACCAUUCCCUUUUAAGGACAAGCUGGUAGUGGACUGUUUUAUACAGCUACAGGCCCUUAACAGAGCCCUUACUAUUGGAGAACAGCUGCCUGUCUUUGGGGAAUGUGGGUGGCAAGAAGACAUUAAUCGUCUCCAAGUGGUUGCUUCCGAAUGGAAUUUGAAGAAAAGUCUCCUACAGGCCUGGGGAUUGAUCCUCAGAGCCAACAUUCUGGAAGAUGUCAAUUUAGAUGAAUUGAAGAAUCUUUUGAGCGCUCAGCGUUCAGAACUAAAAAGCAGAGGACUUUCACGUGGCUUUCUGGAGCAGGCACAGGAAGCUUCCUCCCCACCCCAGCCAGACCUCAGCUCUUUAGUCCACCUCACCAGGCGUGUUCAGCUGUGGCCUGUGACUCAGUACCUGGCUAUGCUGUGGCAGUACAGAGUGACAGCUGAGUUUAUAGCACAGGCUUGUCUGAGAAGGUCGAGCAAACAUCAACAGAUGGAUGAGGAGAUAAGCCAUCACAUCAUGUUUUGUCUUAAGCACACACCAACUGCACCUCAGAAGCUUUGGAAUCUUUGGUCUUUACUGCAUAUUGAGAAGUUGUCUGCUCAAGAAGUUUCUAGUUUAUGGUCGGAGCUAUUUACCUCUACAUUUGGGUCUUCCUGGAGCAGCCCAGUUACCACAGAUCCAGAGUGUUGGCUGGCAUGGAGCCCUCUGCCUAAUGUGCAGCAGCAGGAAGUGCCCAGGUCCCGCUGGGACUCCACACUGAAGGGCCCUGGCAGCCUCUGCAGAGCUGUGUUCUCCAAGUGUUGUUUUGGUGUGCUAACAAACAGCAGUAGAGCAAGCUACUGGGAUGUGAGUGGCCUGCCCCUCCUGUCUUCCUCACAUGUUACUCUGGGAGAGUGGGUUGAGAGAGCCCAGCAGCUCCAGGAAAUCAGUUCAUUGCUGUGGACCAACAUGGCUGUGCCCUCAGUAGCUGAAUUCAGACUCACAGAUUCUCGGCUUCAGGGGCUGGUCCUGUGCCGGUACCUGCUAGGUCUCACAGAGCUUCUUCCCGCACCCCAGCGGCAGGAGUACAUGCAGAACUGUGAGCAUCUACUGCUUGGGAACAGGCAGGCCUUCCACCAUGUGGACCAGACUCUGGGGAAUAUAGGUGGUCAAGAGGCCCUUCCCAAAGAACUGCUCUGCCUCCUGCUCACCUCUUUGCACUACUUUAUUGGUAAAGGGGAGGGUAAGCAGAACCUUCCUGAAGCAGCCCGUCGUGGGAGGCUCUGGGUGAGCCUUGGCUUACUCCAGAUUCAGACUUGGCUUCCUCGGGCCCGCUUUGACCCUGCAGUGAAGAAGGCAUAUAAACUCAGAUAUGCCCAAGAGGAGUUAUGCCAGCUGCAGUGUGAGCUGAAGACCCGGAACCUGCUGUCCCACCUACAAACCGGAAGAGACCUGGAAGAUGACAUAAUUACCAGCCACUCUCAUCCACACAUCAAGUUACUUCCCCAACGGAUCAGUCAGCUGGAGAAUUUAGUUCAUGGCCUGUCAAAAAAACAGGCCUUCAGACCCCACCUACCCAGUUAUGAGACCUUGGUGCAAGAAAUCCACCACUAUGUCACCAGCAUCGCCAAGGUCACUGCUGUUCAAGACCUGCUCAUGAGGCUUCUUCAGGCCCUCCACACAGACGGACCAAAGUCUGCUCAAGUGCUCCAGAACCUUCUGAAGGAGGAAGCCUCUUGGCAGCAGUCACAUCACCAGUUUAGGAAGCGACUAGAAGAGUACGCCUUGUAUCCAGACACUGUGUCCCCAUUAUUAGCGUCCAUCUUGCAGUUACAGCAUGGCAUGAGGCUUGUGGCAUCUGAAGUCCAUGCCUCCCUCCACAGCGGUGUGCUCUGUCCAGAGAAUCUGGGGGCCCUGGCCAUGGCUGUGCUAGCUUUCCCAUCUGUGAGCCCCAGCUUCCCUACCUACCAUGCUCAUGCAGAUGCUUUGUGCUCAGCGAACGCUGGGGAAGCUCUUCGAAAUCUUGGGAAACUGAUGGUCAAGCGUGCAGCAAGAAAGGAAGAAGCCAAGAGCCAGCAAGCUUAUCCUACCCGGGAGCAGUUGCUGAUGAAUGCUCUCCUUUACCUGCGCUCUCAUGUGCUGUGCAAAGGGGAGCUAGACCAGAGGGCCCUUCUGCUCUUCAGACAUCUGUGUCAAGAGAUCAUCAAUGAGUGGGAUGAGCAGGAGCGAAUAGCCCAAGAGAAAGCAGAGCAAGAGAGUAGCCUGUACAGAUACCGGAGCCGGAGCUGCCAGACAGCCCUGAGGGGGCAGGAGGAGGAGGAGGAGCUGGAGCUCAGGGAACUGUUCCCGCUGCAUGAAAAGGACUUUGCAGAUAUUUUGAUGGAACCCACACUAGAAGAGAAAAAGAAAGCUUCAGAUGGAAGAGACGAGGAAGCAGCCAUGGACCCAACCCUUCUGUCCCAGAGUUCAAUGCAAGCAGUGAUGCUGAUCCACCAGCAGUUGUGCCUCAGCUUUGCACGGUCCCUGUGGUACCAACAGACUGUGCCACCACAUGAAGCAAAGCACUACCUCAGCCUGUUCCUUUCUUGCUAUCAGACUGGAGCAUCUCUGCUGACACACUUCUACCCUCUGAUGGGAGUCGAGCUAAAUGACCAUCUCUUGGGAAGUCAGCUGUUGGCUUGUACGCUCUCCUCUAACACUCUCUGUGGGGAAGCUACCUCAGACCUGAUGAUGAGGCCUGACGGGCCCUAUGAUUUCUACCAGCACCCCAAUGUGGCAGAGGCACGGCAGUGCCAGCCUGUGCUUCAUGGCUUCUCAGAAGCUGUCAGUCAGCUGCUCCAGGACUGGCCAGAGCACCCUGUACUUCAACAGCUACUAGUUGUAAUGGACAGAAUUCGUGGUUUCCCACUUUCCAGCCCCAUCUCCAAAUUCCUGAAUGGCUUAGAGAUCCUUCUGGCAAAGGCACAGGAUUGGGAGGAGAAUGCAAGUCGAGUACUGUCUCUCCGGAAACAUCUUGACCUAGUCAGUCAGAUGAUCAUUCGGUGGCGUAAGCUGGAGCUGAACUGCUGGUCAAUGAGUUUGGACAAUACCAUGAGACGCCAUACUGAGAAAUCCACCAAACACUGGUUUUCCAUCUAUCAGAUGUUGGAGAAACACAUGCAGGAAUGCACAGAGGAGCAGGAAGAUGACAAGCAGAUGACUCUGAUAUUGCUGGUUAGCAUAUUACAAGCAUUUAUUGAAGAAUCUUCGCUGGGAGAAUUCCAUGUGCGACUCCAGAUGUUGCUGGUUUUCCAUUGUCAUGUCUUACUGAUGCCGCAAGUUGAAGGAAAAGAUUCACUCUGCGGUGUUCUGUGGAAUUUGUACCAUUUUUACAAGCAAUUUCUUGACCCGGUCAAAGCUAAAAUUGUGGAACUUCGCUCCCCCAUAGAAAAAGAGCUUAAAGAAUUUGUGAAGAUCUCAAAGUGGAAUGAUGUCAGCUUCUGGUCCAUUAAACAAUCUGUGGAAAGGACACAUAGGACCCUCUUUAAAUUCAUGAAGAAAUUUGAAGCUGUGCUGAAUGAACCCUGUCAGUCAUUUCUGGUGGAGAGCAACAAGGAAGAACAGCCAACAGAGGAAGCUGCAGUGGAGACAUCGCCCAUUCAGGGUCUGAACAGUGCACUGAGGGAGACCCUGUUAGCACAACCAGUAGAAUGGCAGCCUUCAGGUACAGAACAGUGCCAGGAUGCCGGUCCUUUGUCUGGGGAGGGAGAGCUGCUGCGUCGGCUGCCACGACUCUCAAAACGCAUGAGGAAGAUGUGCCUGGUAUUUAUGAAGGAGAGUCCCCUACCUCACCUAGUGGAAGGCCUGGAUCAGUUCACUGGUGGCGUGAUUUCAUCUGUAAGUGAGCUGCAGAGCUUAAAGGUGGAUCCCUCUGCUGAGAAGGAAAAGCAGCACUCAGAAGCCAAGCACAUACUCAUGCAGAAGCGACUCGCUCUAUCAGAUCUCUUUAAGCACCUGGCAAACAUUGGUCUGUCGUAUCGAAAAGGUCUUGCCUGGGCCCGUUCAAAAAGUCCUCAGGAGUUACUCCACCUUCACCCAUUAGAUCUCCGGAGCGCAUUGUCCAUAGUCAGCAGCACUCGGGAGGCCGAUUCUAGGCUCCUCACAGAAAUUUCGUCUUUGUGGGAUGGAUGCCAAAAGUAUUUUUAUCGCUCUCUUGCACGGCACACCAGGCUUACUGCAGCACUAACAACUCCUGUCAAGGUAGGCCGACAUGGCUGGGGAGAGCGUCCGUUGUGUUCAUCCGUGCCAGGCACUGACAGGCUUAUUAAGAUGCCAUUGUGUUUCCUGCACAGGAACCUCCUCAGCUGUGUACAAGAAAUUCACAGCAGGCUGACGGGGCCCCCUGUCUAUCCUGUGGCCUUCCCACCUCAGGACAGUGUGCAGCAGUGGACAGAGCGACUGCAGCACCUGGCCAUGCAGAGCCAGAUCCUCCUGGAGCAGUUCUCCUGGCUCUUCCAGUGUUGUCCUAGUGCAGAGCCAACUGAAGGCCACAGAGAUGCUCCAGUUCAGGAACACCCUUCUGCCUCUCAUCUGGAACACAUUGAUUGUAAAGAGCCAAUAGCUGGGGUCAUUUCCUCUGAUCUGAACUACCCAUCCCCGGUAGCUACAAGUCAGCUGCCGUCUGCUUGCCGGAUGAGGAGACAAGAUCAGCUUUGGCAACAAUCAACUGCAGGGUUGACAGAGAUGCUGAAAACUAUUAAAACUAUGAAAGCUGGUGUUGACAAAAUUAGGCAGCAGUCUUGUGAGACACUCUUUCAUACAUGGGAAGAUUUUGAAGUUUGCUCUUCUGGGCUGAAUUGCCUGUCCCAAGUGUCAGCUCGUUUGCAAGGCCUAGCGUCCUUGUUCAUUCUUCCAGGGAUAGAGGUUGAACAAAGAGAUUCACAAAUGGCCUUAGUUGAAAGCCUGGACUAUCUAAGAGGAGAAGUCGGCAAAGCCAUCGAUGACUUCACUGCCUGGAAAGACCGUCUGUUCGUUGCACACAAGCAAGGAGGAAACCAGAUGGUGGAAGAAAGCUUUGUUGAAGACUUUUCAGAGCAAGUAGAAACUGCCAUCCGGGCCAUUCUCUGCACCAUCCAGAACGUGGCAAAAAGAAACAAUAAGAAAGCAGAAGACAGUGCUGCUGACAAGAGACUGCAAGGAGAGGAUGAGGGAAAAGAAGAAGAGGCAAGUUUUAAGAGCCUGCAGCCAGGACAUCUAACAAAACUCUUAGAGGAUGACUUCUGGGCCAGUGUGAGCACUUUACACGUCCAGAAAAUCAUUUCUUCUGUCUCCGAGCUGUUGGAGAGGCUCAAGUCGUGCAGUGAGGACGGCAACACCACCAAGCACAAGGUCUUCAGCCAGUGCUGUGGCUUGCUAGUGCGCCUGAUACCCAUCCUGUGUGGCUUCUCAGACCUUACCCUCUUCUUCCUGACCAUAUCGCUGGCAACUCACCGGAGCACCGCGAAGCUGCUCUGUGUGCUUGCCCAGACCUUCACAGAGCUCGCCCAGAAGGGGUUUUGUUUACCUAAAGAAUUGAUGGAAGAUUCUGCAGGAGAAGGAGCAACGCAGUUCCAUGACUAUGAGGGAGGUGGGAUCGGAGAUGGUGAGGGCAUGAAGGAUGUGAGUGACCGGAUAGAAAAUGAGGAACAGGUAGAAGAUACAUUUCAGAAGGGUCAAGAGAAGGACGAGGAGGACCUUGACUCAAAACCUGAUACUAAAGGCGAGGAUAACGCCAUCGAGAUGUCAGAAGACUUUGAUGGGAAAAUGCAUGAUGGCGAGCUUGAACAAGAAGAGGAUGAUGAGAAGUCUGACAGUGAGGAUGGAGACCUGGAUAAGCAGAUGGGCAAUCUUAAUGGCGAGGAAGCUGACAAACUAGAUGAGAGGCUUUGGGGAGAUGAUGAGGAAGAAGAUGAAGACGGUGACAGUAGAGCUGAAGAGACAGGACCAGGAAUGGAUGAGGAAGAUUCUGAACUUGUUGCUAAAGGUGACAGCUUGGAUGCUGGAAAUCUGAACAAAAAUAAAAAACAGCAAGAUGAGAAGGAAGACUCAGAAACUGAAGAUGUUGAACAGGGCCAAGAGAAAAUUAAUGAACAAAUUGAUGAGAGGGAAUAUGAUGAGAAUGAGGUAGACCCUUAUCAUGGCAAUCAAGAAAAGCUGCCAGAACCUGAGGCCUUGGACCUUCCAGAUGACUUGAAACUUGACAGUGAGGACAAAAGUGGUGGCGAGGACACAGACAAUGAGGAAGCAGAAGAAGAGAAUCCUUUGGAGAUCAAAGAAAAAACGGUAGAUAUGGAAGAAACAGACCAUGAAAUUGAAGAGCCCGAGGCUGGUCAGGAUGAAGGUGAAAGUCCACAUGAGCCUGAGGAAGGCCCCAGUGAAGACAAGGAGAAUAUGGAUAUGGAUACAGGAGCUGAUGAUCAAGACAGAGAUACAUCCAGCCAUGCAGAAGAGCAUUCUGAGGAGGAGGAGGAGGAGGAGAAGGAGGAAGAGGAGAAGGAGGAGGAAGACAAGGCCACCACUGAUGGAAGUGGAGAGAGUGGUGUCAGCCCUGUUGACCAAGAUCUUCAGCCCCAGGAGGAAGAGGAAGGGGAGCAGUCUGAUGCUGAAGAGCAAGUGCCAGAGGCCACAGAGAGAAAGGAGCAUGCCUCCUGUGGGCAGACUGGAGUGGACAACCUGCAGAGUACACAGGCUGUGGAACUAGCUGGGACUGCACCAGAGAAGGAGCAGGGGAAAGAGGAACAUGGCAGUGGAGCUGCAGAUGCAAACCAAGCAGAAGGCCAUGAAUCCAACUUGAUUGCACGUUUGUCCUCCCAGCAACACACCAACAAAAAUACCCAGAGUUUUAAGAGGAGACCUGGGCAGGCUGACAAUGAACGUUCCAUAGGUGACCACAAUGAGCGUGUGCGUAAGAGACUGAGGACUGUGGACACAGACAGAAAGACAGAACAGGAGCCAACCCAGGCUCAGGUGGAAGAUGCAGACACGUUCGAACAUAUUAAACAAGGCAGUGAUGCAUAUGAUGCACAAACCUAUGAUGUGGCCAGUAGUGAACAGCAGCAGACUGCAAAGGCCUCCGGACAGGAUCGGGAGGAGGAAGAAACAGAAGAUAUCCUCAUGGAUACAGAGGAGGAGCUGAUGAGAGCAGAGGACCCAGAGCAGCUGAAGCCAGAGGCGGUCAAGUCAGAGACUGCUGCAGCCUCUGGCUCUAGUGAGAUGGAGGUGGAUAUGCAAACACUUAAGGCAAAAGAAGACCAAGACCCAAGAACAACCACACCUCACCAGGAGACAGAGAAUGAGAGGCCAGAAAGAAGCAGAGAUUCAACUAUUCAUACACUUCGUCAAUUCCUUGUGGAUUCAGUUUUCCAACCUGUGUUAAAAGAUGUCAGUGAGCUGAGACAAGAGAUGGAAAGGCAGCUGGAGACAUGGCAGGCGCACGACUAUGGGAAUGCAGAAGAGAAGGCUGCAGCUGAGAUGUGGCAGAAUUACCUAGUCUUAACUGCAUCUCUUUCACAACAGCUGUGUGAGCAGCUUCGUCUCCUCCUAGAACCUACACAGGCAGCCAAACUAAGAGGAGACUAUCGAACAGGGAAACGACUGAACAUGCGGAAGAUCAUUCCAUACAUUGCCAGUCAGUUUCGAAAGGACAGGAUUUGGCUUCGUAGGACCAAGCCCAGUAAACGGCAGUAUCAGAUUUGUCUGGCUAUUGAUGACUCCUCAAGCAUGGUAGACAACCACACCAAGCAGCUUGCAUUUGAGUCAUUGGCUGUGAUUGGUAACGCUCUAACCCUCCUAGAAGUGGGUCAGAUUGCAGUGUGCAGCUUUGGAGAGUCAGUAAAGCUGUUGCACCCAUUCCACGAGCAGUUUAAUGAUUCUUCAGGGACUCAUAUUCUACGGCUCUGCAAAUUCCAACAAAGGAAGACUAAGAUUGCUCAGUUUCUAGAAACCGUAGCCAAAAUGUUUGCAGCUGCCCAGAAGCUAUCCCAGAACAUCAGUCCAGAGACUGCCCAGCUGCUCCUCAUAGUUUCUGAUGGGCGAGGCCUUUUCCUUGAAGGCAAAGACAGAGUCCUAGCAGCAGUCCAGGCUGCCCAGAAUGCCAACGUCUUCGUCAUUUUUGUUGUGUUGGAUAAUCCCAGUUCACGGGAUUCUAUCUUGGACAUUAAAGUACCAAUAUUUAAAGGACCAGGAGAGAUGCCCGAAAUCCGAUCCUACAUGGAAGAGUUUCCAUUUCCAUUUUACAUCAUUCUUCGGGAUGUGAAUGCGCUUCCUGAGACCCUCAGUGAUGCCCUCAGGCAGUGGUUUGAGCUGGUGACUGCAUCUGACCAUUCCUAGAGCAGAGCACAGUCUGUAGUGAGGCUGUGGGGUCACUGCAUCUCCCCUGGAGCUCCCUUUUACACAACUGUUUGUGAACUCAGUGCUCUGAUACUACUUCUUGGACCUGAUUUUUCUUUUUUUACUGUAUCCAGCAGUUAUAAAAACAUUUUUAUUGCACUAUACAUUUGUAUUUACAACAUAGAAGAGCUUAGCACAAGCUCUUGGACUCCCUGCUGUACUGACUGGGCACAGACAGCUCACAAGUAGUACCAGGGCUCCUGACUAGGGACCAGGUAGAGAUCACACUGCCCCUUCUUUAGAGCUCAGCCACUCGCUUUCCUCUGCUCAGUACCUUGAGGAAUGAAUCCAGGAACACGAACACGGGCUGCUCUCUGGUCCCUGCCUUAAGCUCUACAUAGAGCCACUUGGUUGGACACAUCUUACCCUGCUAGAAAGCAGGAGACUUAGAUGGUGUGUUCUCAUAAAGCAGCCAACAAAGGUGGUCACAGAGCUGCACAAAACUGAUGCAGCUUUUUGUACCUCCCAGUGGCUGUCUCAGGAGACUAUGCAAUAACAGACAGGUGAUUCUCCCUCAUUUCAUUCUUGGACUGCCAUAGCCCCUGCUGUAAUUUAUUUGUUUAGCCAUCCUUCCCCCGAUACUAAGAGGAAAAUUAUUCCUCAUAACUGCUUUCAAGCUACCCUAAGCCAGUGUCACUGUGGAAAGGAGUGAACGUAUGCUGCGUCCACAAGAGCUCGACAGCUCCAUCCUCCCUCACCCACACAGCAUGGUAGUGUUAGGCUUGGUUCCCUUGGGGCUGGGGCAGUUUUACUUGGCCAGAAAGCAGUGUUUGAAUACUUGAAAUCAUUUGUUGUAUUCUGUUUAAAUGUUGUUUGUAGACAUUGUGCUGUACACCUGUCUCCAUGUCUGUUUGCAGAUGACACUGUGAAGUGUGCCACCCUUAUAUGGUGGUCAUCAAAGACAGAUUGCUUAUUGUUUAACAAAGUGUCCUAAAGCAUGUACUUAAAGUUAUAUUAUUUUUUAUUCCAAAAUGCUAUGCAGCUUAUAUUCUGAAAACUAUAAAAUAAUUGUUGAGUUAAUCUUU